AUGGACAAGAACGAAUUGGUUUUAUCUCCGAAUGACCAGCAAAAACACCCUCCUGAGGGCACUGUGAUAUUUGAGCAACGCAAGGCUGUAAAUGCUGCCACCAGUGAACGUGUGCAUGAAGGUGACGAGAAUGUAGAGCGAGGUAACUGGUCCUCGAAGACUGACUACUUGCUCUCAGUGAUUGGUUCUGCUGUGGGUUUGAGCAAUGUAUGGAGAUUCCCGUACCUGGCUUACAGAAAUGGAGGAGGUGCUUUCCUUAUUCCCUACAUUCUGAUGCUGGCAGUCGCUGGGAUGCCAAUGUUUUUCUUGGAAACUUCCUUUGGGCAGUUUGCCAGCCUUGGACCGGAUGCAGUUUGGAAAGCCGUGCCCAUGUUACAGGGUGCGGGCAUAAAUUUUGUUGUAUUUUCAGCAUUUGACUGCAUUUCAUAUACCUGCAUCCUCGCCUACAGUCUGUACUAUCUGUUUGCAUCCUUCCAAUCACCACUGCCGUGGGCAGAGUGCUUCAGUUGGUGGGGAGCAGAUGAAACAUGCAGCAGAACUCCCAAAGAUCCACUCUGCAAUUUCUCUUUGGACAAUGGAUAUUUUGAAAUUGUUAAUAUAACAUGGCUGCAGACAAACAAUGAAUCUUGUCCAAAUGGAUCAGAAAUCUCCAUUCCUCACCAGGGUCCAAGUGAGCAAUACUGGGAUAAAGUGGUAUUACGCCGUACGAGUUCAGUGGAUGAGACUGGGGAGAUAGUCUGGUAUUUAGCCCUCUGUCUGCUUCUGGCCUGGCUAAUAGUUGGGGCAUCGUUAUCAAAAGGAAUCAAAUCUUCAGGAAAGGUGGUUUAUUUCACUGCGACAUUACCUUAUGUGAUUCUGACCAUACUCCUGAUCCGAGGGCUUACCCUGGAGGGAGCCUCUAAAGGAAUUGAAUUCUACAUUGGAAUCCAAUCAGACUUCUCCAAACUGGCAGAGGGUCAUGUCUGGAAAGAUGCUGCGAUACAAAUUUUCUUUUCUUUGUCAGUGGGUUCUGGUACUUUAAUAGCACUGUCAUCCUACAACAAAUUCCACAACAACUGUUACCAAGACGCCAUUGUUGUCUGUGUUGUUAAUUGUGGUACAAGUGUAUUUGCCGGAUUUGUCAUCUUCUCUGUCCUCGGACAUAUGGCUCAUAUCCAAGGGAAACCUGUUUCUGAGGUUGCCCAGUCAGGUUUUGGUUUGGCUUUCAUUGCGUAUCCAGAAAUUGCUGUACAGUUGCCGUGGGCACCUUUAUGGUCCAUUUUAUUUUUCCUCAUGCUGGUCACAUUGGCAAUCGACAGUCUGUUUGCAGUUUUAGAAAAAGUCAUAACCAUUCUGCUGGACAGGUUUCCCAAAUACCUACGAUCGAAGCGCUUUUGUCUGACAAUUGGCAUUUGCAUGUUGUUUUAUUUGUUUGGCCUUGUGAGUGUAACACAGGCUGGAAUUUACUGGAUGCAUUUAAUUGAUAAUUUCUGUAUUGGAUGGAUCCCCAUUAUAAUAGCACUGCUGGAACUCAUGGGUGUAAGCUGGCUGUAUGGGACAAACCGAUUCAUCAAGGACAUUGAGAUGAUGAUUGGGGAAAGGAAUUGGCUUUUCUGGCUCUGGUGGAGAGUUUGUUGGUUUCUUAUCACCCCGUGUUUGAUGAUGGUUCUGUUGAUCUGGUCCUUGACAACGUUUGUCUCACCAACAUAUGGACCUGUUGAAUACCCUGUCUGGGCAAUAGCAGUGGGCUGGUGUAUGACCAUCGUCUGUAUUAUGUGGAUCCCCAUUGUGGCUGUGGUGAGAGUUGUCCAAGCUGAGGGCUCCACCUUGUGGCAGAAGAUAUCUGCAGCUUGUGCAUCAGCCCCUGAUUGGGGUCCGUACUUGGAACAACACAGAGGGGAAAGAUACAGGAAAAGGCCUGAUUCAAGAGACGCUUCUUAUGGGGUACAGCUUCUAGCAACACCCAAAAUGUGAAAUUUUAAAGUAAAAACUCAUUUUCAGUGGAUAAACAAUUAUCCUAAGAUCAACCACUAUUCUAAUGUACUUCCCAUUGUUAUUUCAGUGGGAAUCCCAAAUACGGUUUCACUUUUUUAGUCUGUCUGCUGUACAUCUUUAGUUUUCUUGUUAAAUCUGUUUGGGUUCUGUCCUGCUGACUGCUUCUGCUUCCUAGUUUUUUUUCAUUUGGCUCUGGUUCAACCUCGGAUUCUCGAUCUAUUCCUGCGAAGCACCACUACACCCAGAAGCAUCCACUUGCUCCACCACCAAGGCUCAGGAGCAGCAGUGUGUAUUAGAUUCAAGACACACUGCAGAAUUCACCAAAGAUCCUCAGAUAGCACCUUCCAAACCCACAACCAUUACCAUCUAGAAGGGCAAGGGCAGCAACCAUGUGGGAACACCACCAUUUUCAAAUUCCCCACUCACCAUCCUGACUUGGAAAUAUAUUGCCAUUCUUUCCAUGUCACUGGGUCAAAAUCUUGGAAUUCCCUCCCCAAGGGCAUUGUGGGUCAAAACUCAGCAAAUGGACUUCAGCAGAUCAAGAAGGCAACUAAGAACAGGCAAUACAUGCUGGCCAGCCAGUGACACCCAUCACUACAAAUGAAUAUUAAAAAGAAACUAUUAAACCAACAAUUUGAUUUCUGCUCACUGUGAUCUAAACUUCUUGUGGAGCUCACUCUUUCAGACUCCAAUAUUGUGUGGACAUCAAUUCUUUUCAAGUUAACUGCUGAUGGCUCUUCCUUUCUCUCUCUCUGAAGUGAAUCAUGUUUGAAAUCAGCUUCUUUGAAUCUAUCUCUUUCCAAUGCAUCCUGGUAGUUUUACCCCACUUAGAUGUUCUAUCAUGAUGCUGCCUGCUCACUCAUGUUGAAGCUGUUCGACACCACAAAGAGCUGUGUGACCCUGACUGUAUAUUCAAUUGUGAGAUCAUCUGCUCUUGCCCCAAAUCUGUCCAGUUUCCUAUUCAUCAGUAAAUCAAAUAUCUGACUAGGAGAAUUACUUCCUUCCUCUAUAGCUUCAGGAGGAUUCAGCAUGGUGACCUAAGGAAAUAAAUAUCUGACUAAGUGCACUUUGAUGCUACUGGUGACACAUCCUUGAAAGUACUUAUGCGCUGUUAUAAAUAAAUGUUCAUUCACGCUCUCUUAAAA